AUGUAGAAGUCUUAAGUGCGUUGGUUUUGGUGGGAAGUGGCUUUUCUAGUUCUCUAACAUUGAGAUAUGACAUUUGUAUUUGUAAUUACAAUCUUCUAAGGGGGUUUAACAUUGUUUGAGCAACCUCACCCCCGCAUACCAAGUGGUUUCUUCCAACAUGGACGCCGUAUAACGACGGUAGUGCCGGGUCCAAACCAGACAUCAUCAUGAGUGAGCUGAAGGAUUGUCCACCUCUCAAAUACUAUGACUUCAAGCCUGUAGAGCACGUCAAGGUAUGUCCACGCUACACAGCCGUACUUGGUCGCUCAGAGGACGAUGGCAUCGGCAUUGAGGAGCUGGACACCUUGCAGCUGGAGCUGGAGACGCUUCUGUCCUCAGCUAACCGUCGCCUCCGGGCUCUAGAGGAGCAGAGACAGAUUCUAACAGACUGGCAAGACAAGAAAGGCGAUAAGCGUUUCUUUAAGCUGGGGAAAGAUCCAGACCCUGCUGCCACAUCCCGCCACAAACAAAAGAAACAGAAGGUGGAUGGCAAGGGCAGUCACGGACCAGGUCCUGGCCCAGGCCGACCCAAGUCCAAAAACCUGCAGCCUAAAGUCCAAGAAUACGAGUUUACAGAUGACCCACAAGACAUUCCCCGCACUCCUAAAAAUGAUGCUCCUAACAGGUUCUGGGCCUCAGUGGAGCCAUAUUGUGCUGAUAUUACAAACGAGGAAAUACGUUUGCUUGAAGAGCUUCUUAAACCUCCCGAAGAUGAAGGGGAAUAUUUCAAAGUUCCAUUGCUGGGCAAACACUACUCCCAGAGAUGGGCUCAAGAGGAUUUGUUAGAAGAACAGCGGGAAGGAGCACGAGCCAAUGACAAGAAGAAAGGCCUCAUGGGAGGACCACUGUCAGAGCUGGACGCAAAAGAUGUGGACUCUCUGCUGAAAAAGUCAGAGGCUCAGAAUGAAUCCCCAGAAGACAGCUGUCCCUUUGGACCUCUCACCCAGCGUCUUCUCCAGGCUCUUGUCGAGGAGAACAUUAUCUCUCCCAUGGAGGACUCUCCUAUACCUGACAUUGCAGGCCGAGAUAAUAACGAUGGAGCUGGAACAUCUCCACGAAGCCAAGGGAAGGCUUUCAGUGUCCCUCACACACGGUCCCUUGAGGCACGUAUUAAAGAAGAGCUGGUAGCUCAGGGUCUGCUGGAUUCUGAGGAGAGACCUGGACCAGGCGGAGACUCGGAGGAUGAGGUCCUGGCAGAAUUACAGAAGAGACAAGCAGAGCUCAAAGCUCUUAGUGCUCACAACAGAGGCCGCAAGCAGGAGCUGCUCCGGUUGGCCAAGGAGGAGAUGCGUAAGCAGGAGCUGAGGCAGAGAGUGCGGGUCUCUGACAAUGAAGUGAUGGAAGGAUUUCGGCGACUCAUGGCAGCCAGGCAGAAGAAACGCACUCCAACCAAGAAGGAGAAAGACCAGGCAUGGAAAUCACUGAAGGAGAGAGAGAGCAUCCUGAAGCUGCUGGAUGGAUAGUAAAAUGACAGUUUUGUCUUUUUUUAUUAUUAUUAAUAUUACAUUUUCCAUACAGGACAGUCUGGGGUUUACAAACAUCUAUAGCUGUACUCAAUGAUUAUACAGUUAACUGGAGUGUUACAUGAUUUGACCAGGAUCAUCUGCAGUGUUUUUAUCUCAUUUACAACACAAAGAUUUAUGUUUUUUUCAUUUUUGAUUUCCUUUUUUUUGUUUUUUUUGUUUUAGGUUGCUUUUUUAUUUUUGUUACGGUGGUGAUAUUGUAAAAAAAUUCAGAUGUUGUAAUAAAUCAGUACAAAUUGUU